GCUUCGAUCACGUGACCGCAUCCGGGUUGCGGUAAAUGCGGCAGCCAUAUUGGAUGGGUCGAUUCUCGGGCAGACAUACUUGAGCAUUGUUAACUUUCUCAGCGACGGCUUCUUGUGUACGUAUUACAUGUGGCGGAAAUGGCUAGCAAAGGUUUGCUUGACUACAGACAGUCAUUGGAUGUUGUUUCUAGAAGGAGAUACGAUGAAAAAUGUGCGUUGAUUGACAAAAUAGAGCCAUAUCAACUUGACAAGACGAAAUGGAGCAAAGACAUUAAUCUUUGGGCAGGUGUGACGUGCGCAGACAUUUUUAUGUAUUUAGUGAACUUCACGAGUGCUUACACUGUAGAAGAGCUGAAAUGCUACAAAGGAUUGGAUGCAUACAAUCAAUUCAUCAGCGGCUGGGUACGAGAUGUAGCUGUGUAUAAAAUCAACGAUCUUUGCCUGCACACUGCACGAGUGAUGCAUUCUCAAAGAUUAAGCGACACACCACUGACACCGUGGAUUAUCAUCCAAACAGAUGGAAAGGUCCUUGCAGCACAUUGUAACUGCAUGGCGGGAUUAGGAGAGUCAUGUACCCAUGUUGCAGCACUUCUCUACAGCAUUGAGGCCACCGUCAUAGUGCGAAAUUCAAAGACAGUCACCCAGGAGAAAGCGUACUGGCUUCCAGCAAGUGUAAAAGGGGUAAAUUACAGCACUCUUAAAGAUAUUGACUUCACAUCUGCCAAGACUAAAAAGAAAGCCCUUGAUUGUCAACUUGCUGGAACACCAGUAACUCCACGUACACAGCAAGAGCUUAGAGUUGCUAGCCCUCCAUCUGAGGAAGAACUGUCAUUGUUUUUACAAAGACUUAGUGCAACCGGGGCAAGAUCAGCCAUUCUGAGUGUAAAAGUGCCAUUUCAAAAGGACUUUAUUCCAACUCCUGUAAGUGCUAAUUUUCCCAUGAUACUGUCUGGAUUAUUUGACAAGGAACUUUUAAGUGCUAGUUUCAGUGAAAUCAUGAAGAAAUGUGAAAAGCAUCAGAUUGCGGUUUCUGAGCAAGAGGCAGCUACUGUGGAAAGUGCUACAAAAGAACAAUGCAAUUCUAAGCUCUGGCAUAGAUUCAGGAGUGGUAGAGUGACAGCAUCAAAAAUGUUUUCAGUGUGUCACAGUAACCCAGCAGCACCAUCUCGGAGCCUAGUCACGUCCAUUUGCUACCCAGCCGAGACAACAUUUAAAUCUGCGGCAACAACAUGGGGUUGUGAGCAUGAGAAAGAGGCUAUUAGGUCCUACAAGGAAGCAAUGGAACUUCUCCAUGAGAACUUCUCCUUGGAAAAGGCUGGAUUUUCCAUUAACACAGAAUUCCCAACUUUAGGUGCCUCCCCAGAUGGACUGGUGUCAUGUGAUUGUUGUGGUGUUGGUGUUGUGGAAAUAAAGUGUCCCUACAGUGUCCGACAUUCUUCUCUGACUAGUUACACUGGAUCAAAGUCAUGUUUAGAAGACACACCAGACGGGAAAAGACUUAAACCGGCACAUCCCUACUAUUACCAAGUCCAAACGCAGAUACAUGUGACUAAACGGGAAUUUUGUGACUUUGUUGUGUGGACUGAACAAGACAUGCACAUUGAGAGAGUAGAGCCAAAUGAACAAUUGUGGCAGGGAAUUAAAAUGAAAGCUAUGGACUUCCACACAAUGGCAGUUAUGCCAGAGCUUGUCGGAAAGUUUUAUUCCCACUCACAGAAAAGUCAACCUGGACCAUUGAAUGAUGUGGCGACCAACUCCCAUCAGAACAACCCUAUCGAGGACAGCAUUUCAGAUCAUCUUUAUUGCAUUUGUCAGCAGCCCGAGACCCCUGACAGAGAAAUGGUGGCAUGUGAUAACCAGAACUGCAAAUUGAAAUGGUUCCACUUGGAUUGUUUAAAAUUGACAAAGUCAAAACUGCCAAAGGGAAAGUGGUAUUGUCCCGAUUGUAAGAAAACGGACUCUAACUCUAGACCAAAAAAACGAAGCAGGAAACAUUAAUUUGUAGUUUGAAGGUUUGAAUGAAACAAAAUUGAAAAUGUUAGUGUACAAUGUACUUGCGUUUUAACAUGUGAAGUUUAAAUUUACAUGUAUCUACCAGUACUUCUCUAAUUUGCGAUUUGCUUAUAGUGAAAGAUCCAAUAUGUUAUGCCGGUUGAUAGUUUUCAAGUGAAUUCAAAAGUGUUCACAUAUAAUGGUAUGCUGCAAUGUUUGUGAUAACUGUUUUUAUUGAAUAACAUGUCAGAAAUAAAAUUAUUGCAUCUG